AUGGUUUCCACGGCUCCCAGAGAAUUGUGCACAAUAUGCAAGGACAUACUAAAUACAAUACGGGUAACUGGAUGGUACAAAAGCCUUACAUAUCACCAAUCACUCUCAUCUCUGAGAAGUUCAGCUGAAACCGCUUGUUGUAUGUGUGCGCUUGUAUUUAGUCGGCUAUACAACAGGGACUCGGACUCUUCUGAUCCGGAAGCGUUAUUCCCUAUUGAUUGCGAAUCAGACACAUCCUCAGCAAGCUGGCAGCAUUCAUUCGAAUUGAUCUUGCAAUCACAGACCGCGGCAAGCUUUAGACUGCGGUUUUACUUUGAAACUAUUGAGGACCCUCAAGGCGGCUAUGCCCAUUACCAGCCUUCAGUAUCUACAGACUCUCCAGAGACUUGGAAUCUGAUUGAACAUUGGGUGAGAAAUUGCUCCCAGAACCACUCCCGAUGCAACACUUCUCCCCCAGAGCAAUGGGCACCCACACUAUUGCUUGAUGUCGGCACCUCUGAAAAAGACGUGGUUCGAUUGGUAAAUGGAAAAGAUAUUUCUCAGUCUAAACAAAAGUACGCUACACUCUCUCACUGCUGGGGUAUAACUGUACAACUUCCUCGAACAACGAGAAGCAAUAUCGAGGAAUUCAAGCAGCUCAUUCCCUAUCAACAAUUUCCAAAGACAUUCCGAGAUGCAGUCAAGAUCGCCCGAAAUUUCCACUUACGCUAUCUUUGGAUUGAUUCUUUAUGCAUAAUUCAAGACGAUAGCGACGACUGGAUGCGUGAAGCUGCUUCGAUGAGCAAUGUAUACCGGUACUCCUUCGCUAACAUAGCUGCCACAGGUGCGAGCGACAGCUCUCAGGGAUGCUUUUGGGAAAGAAAUCCGCGGGAGGUAGUACCGACGGAACUUGACAUUUGUUGGUCAAAUAACCGGGGAAGAAAAACCAGGUAUCUCGUUGUACCAGCACCUAGCCUCUGGGCCAGAAAGCUUACGGAAGAACCACUGAAUAGACGUGCAUGGGUACUACAAGAACGAAUCCUUUCACCCCGUGUUUUACAUUUUGGGCAUGAGCAGGUUUUUUGGGAAUGUCGAGAGCUAUCCGCAUGCGAAACCUACCAUAACGGACUACCUGCUGCUUUAUGCGGAGAUCCACUCAUCGAUAUUAAGAAACUACAUCUUGGAGAUGAGACCAAGGACGAACGCUGGCCCGCAAAGUACAUCUCAGAAGCCCCCAAAAAUGAAACAAUGAUGAAAAGAAUACGGAAUAGGCUUACGACAAUGUUCCGACCUAUCAUUAUUCAAGAAGUUACUCUCCAUGCCCAAAUGAAGAGCUCGUCAGCAUUUCGAGACUGGGAUGCAGUGGUGGAACUGUACUCAAUGGCAAGUCUCAGCUUCUCUAAAGAUAAACUUAUUGCACUGGCUGGUAUUGCAAGUAGCAUGUCAGUUUCCAGUUCAGGCGAACCUGGAGACGGAUAUCUUGCAGGUAUGUGGCAAUCGUCACUGCCGGUGUAUCUUUUAUGGAAACCUAGGACGACUGAGACACCUCAGGGAGGGUACUCAUAUAAAUGGCUAAGCUAUCCAAAGAGGUACAAAGAAUACAUAGCUCCGACAUGGUCCUGGGCCUCCAUCCAAGGCAAAAUAUCGUUUGCGUGGUGUCAGCAUAACUACGAUUCGAACGACUACCUGGUAACACUUGAAGAAGCAAGCGUAUCACAUGAUAGUGUCUAUCGCUUUGGUCGAGUCAGCUCUGGAUUUUUAAGACUCGUUGGACCAGUCACGUCAAUUCUCUGGAUUACUGAGAAUCCUUUUCCUUCUGCCAAACCCAAGACCGCGAGGAUCACGCAUGUCUUUCCACAGGACUUGAAUCGCAGCGAUUCUGUUUCCGUCCCUCCAGACUCUGACACGGAGCAAGAGAUUUUCUUUGAUACAGCCAUGGACAAGAUACCAGAGCAGCUCACGUUAUUGCCUAUUAUAGGAAUCACCAAGAGGACUGCACAUGAGAAUGAAGCGGUCAUUGGUCUAGUGCUUGACUCGUCGGCCAGAGAAAACAGUUUUCAACGUAUCGGUUUCUUCUACACUACAAGGACGCAAGUUAGGAGAAUGCUCACAAACAUGCCACGAAAGCCUGUUACGGUAGUCUGA